CACCCACCCACACACUACACUACAAACAAACCUCCAACACAUAUAUUCUGUCCUCAUCCCACACCACGCAACGAGCUAAAAACACAAAAUCCCAAUGGACCCCCAUCAGCAACGGCCACAACCCACACACCUCAAACCACCACCACCCGCACAGCAACAACAACAACACCAACAACAACGCACCCCCUCAUCCUCAACCCCAAAUCCAAAUCAAUCUCACCCCCAGCGCCCCGCCCUAACAAUCCACCCAAAAGCCCAACUCUCCGACACAACCAUAAUCCAAGGCACGCACCCAAUCUCAAUAGGCGCCCACACAAUCAUCCACCCACGCGCGCGCCUCUACUCACACGAGGGGCCGAUCCUCAUCGCCGAGAACUGCAUCAUCAGCGAGAAGACCGUCAUCGGCACGCCCAGCCCGGUACCUUUUCCUUCAGCUGCUGCCACAAGCACAAGCACAAACACAGCCCAAUCGAACCAAGGAAGCAGCACAAGCGCAACCAACGCCCUCCCCAUCCGGAUCGCGCCGCGCGUGGUCAUCGGUCCGGCUGUGUCAAUUGCGCCAGGCGCGCAGAUCCAUUCCGGUGCUGCGAUUGAUGCGCUUGCUGUUAUUAAUCGGCGGGUGAGCGUGGGGGCGCAUGCGCGGGUUUGUGCGGGGUGUGAGGUUGCGGCGGGGACGGCGGUUGGGGAAUGGGUGGUUGUUUGGGGG